CCAUUUUUUUUCUUGCCUAUUUCUUAAACAAGAAAAAGUAAAUUUAAAAAAAAUCACUGAAUCGAUCGACGACAUAACGAUAAUUAUAUUUUUGCAAAAUUUGUUGUACAUUUACCUACACACUUGUGAUGUCGUCAAUGUUUCGAACUAACAGCACCGACGAUUCUAAUAAUAGUAACGUAGUCGAAGUCGGCGAUUGCAGAGAUCCCGCUACAGAAUACAACUCCGCCGAUUCCAUUCCAGUCAAUAAUGCCGAUAUUGAUUUUGUUGAAUCUGGUGCGGGAUAUCCUAGCACGUCAACGGCGAGCAGUUCCAAGUCAAGAAAGAAAACCUCUGGGGCUUUAAGCAGAUCGGCCAGACGCAUACAAAGAGAAUUAGCCGAAAUGGCUAACGAUCGAUCUUCCAUGUAUAGUGCGGGCCUGAAAGAUGACAACCUAUACGAAUGGGACUGCGUUAUACUAGGACCAGCGGAUACGGUAUAUGAGGGCGGUACGUUCUUUUUAGACUUGCGCUUAUCACACAAUUAUCCCUUUGUACCACCCAAAGUUGCUUUUCGCACACGUAUCUAUCAUUGUAACGUCAAUAGUCACGGAGCUAUCUGUGUAGAUAUUCUUAGACAUAAUUGGUCACCGGCGUUGACUAUAGCAAAAGUACUGAUAUCGAUAUGCUCUCUCUUGGCUGAUUGCAAUCCCAUGGACCCUUUAGAUUACCGCAUCGGUAAGCAAUAUUUGAAGGAUCGCGAGAAUCACGAUAAAACUGCUAGACUUUGGACGAAAACAUUUGCAUCGUGUAGUAAUGUAACAGAAUAGAAAAAGAAGCGUAUUUAAAAAAGAUAAU